GAUGCCCAGGUCACGGCUCAAGGUGAGCUGAGCUAAGAGGGAGGAUGUGGGGAGGGCUGGGGGGCUCCCAGCACCCGCUUGGUGUCAGGAUCAGUCCCAGACGCUUCCCUGCAGCCUGCUGGGGCCACGGGCAGGGCGAUCUCGGCGGGCAUCGUCCCUGGGGGAGCCGGUCCCUCUGCCCUGCUCCAUCCUUCCCUUGCAGUUCUCCACCGGCAGCCGCAGAACCCAGGAAGCUGCAGAAACGGGAGCGGGACCAUAGGAGAUGGCACCAGCACCGUGGAGAACAUCGGCUCAGAGCUGAGGAAAAGUCUCUGCGUGUCGGAGCUGCGAGAGGGUGAGGGGUGCAAGCUCUGCCCCAUGGGCUGGACGCCGCGUGGGACCAAGUGCUAUUGGGUCACCGACAGGACCAACUCUUGGAGCAAGAGCCGGGAGGACUGUGAGAAUCGGAGCGCCGAGCUGCUGACGCUGGGGGACCAGGACGAGCUGGCUUUUGUAAAGGGAAUUGUGCAGAAACCCAGGAGCUACUUCUGGAUCGGCCUCUUCCUCCCCUCUCCUGGGCAGGACUGGACCUGGGUGAACGGCUCCCGCCUGGACCGGAGCCGGUUCCAGCUGGGAUCCAACCCCCGGGAUGAAGGCAAAAUCUGCGGGGCGAUCAGGGGGGACAGGAUCGCCUCUGAGAGCUGCAGCUCGGGAUUGCAUUGGAUCUGCCAGAAAGAAGCCACCCUGCUCUGAGCCGGGGGCCGCGAGCUGGGUGGUGGCUCGCAG